AGUCCCUUCACGAAUGUGUGCGCGCGGCGGGCUGCCCGCCCGGCCGGGCCCGCCCCCGCUCCCGCCUUCGGCCUCGGCCCGUCAGGUCCCGGGGCAGCGCGCGGCGUGGGGGGAAGGGGCUGGGCCCCGGGCGCCGGCCGGUCCGCCCGCCGCGUCAGCGCCGGUGCCGGCCGGUCCGCCCGCCGCGUCAGCGCGCCGGGACGCGCCAGGGGCGGCCAAGAUGGCGGCGGCCGCGGCAGGCAUGGGCGGCGGCGCGGGCGCGGGGCCCGAGCCCGGCGACUUCCUGGCCCGCUACAGACUGGUGUCGAACAAGCUGAAGAAGCGGUUCCUGCGGAAGCCCAACGUGGCCGAGGCCGGCGAGCAGUUCGGGCAGCUGGGCCGCGAGCUGCGCGCCCAGGAGUGCCUGCCGUACGCGGCCUGGUGCCAGCUGGCUGUGGCGCGCUGCCAGCAGGCGCUCUUCCACGGGCCCGGGGAGGCGCUGGCCCUCACCGAGGCCGCCCGCCUCUUCCUGCGGCAGGAGUGCGACGCGCGCCAGCGCCUCGGCUGCCCCGCCGCCUAUGGGGAGCCGCUGCAGGCCGCCGCCAGCGCCCUGGGCGCCGCCGUGCGCCUCCACCUGGAGCUAGGACAGCCAGCUGCCGCCGCCGCCCUCUGCCUCGAGCUGGCGGCCGCCCUGCGCGACCUGGGCCAGCCGGCCGCCGCCGCCGGACACUUCCAGCGCGCCGCGCAGCUCCAGCUGCCCCAGCUGCCCCUGGCCGCGCUGCAGGCGCUCGGCGACGCCGCCUCCUGCCAGCUGCUGGCGCGGGACUACAACGGCGCCCUGGCGCUCUUUACACGUAUGCAGUGCCUGGCGCGGGAGCACGGCAGCCAUCCGGUGCAGCAGCCGGCGCCGUCGCCGCACCAGCUACCGCCGCCGCUGCUGCCGCCGCCGAACCAGCUGCUGCCCCCGCCGCCGCCGCCGCCGCCGCCGCCCCCGCCGGCGCCCCAGCUCGCGCCGCCGGCCGCGCUGCUCUCUCCGAACGCUGGCGCUGCGGCGCCCUCUCCCGCCGCGCUGGGCGCCUUCUCCGACGUGCUGGUCCGCUGCGAGGUGUCCCGAGUGCUGCUGCUGCUGCUCCUGCAACCGCCGCCCGCGAAGCUGCUGCCGGAGCACGCCCAGACCCUGGAGAAGUACUCCUGGGAGGCCUUCGACAGCCACGGGCAGGACAGCGGCGGGCACCUUCCCGAGGAGCUCUUUCUGCUGUUGCAGUCCUUGGUCAUGGCUACCCACGAAAAGGACACGGAAGCUGUCAAGGCCCUGCAGGUGGAGCUGUGGCCGCUGCUGACCGCGGAGCAGAACCACCUGCUGCACCUCCUUCUGCAGGAGACCAUCUCCCCCUCAGGACAGGGCAUCUGAGCCCUCACGUGACCGAGUGGCUUCGCGGAAUGUCGUCGGACCUCUCGCGCGCAGCUGCCUUUGCGAGGGGGUAGGGGCUGCCCAGACGCUGCGCAGGUCCUGCCUCUCCUGUUGUGCGUCUUCUUCGGCCGCUGGGAGAGUCGAAGGCAUCCGCAUCCCGGGGGCUUGUUUCCAUGGCCGUGGGAGGGGGGCGUGCAAAGGCGUCGGUCGUGAUAGGAUCUUGCCGGGGGUCUGGCUCUCCUCCGCGGGAGGAGAACCCCUUUCGUAGCUUCCCUUGCUCACUUGCACCGCACGUCGCCUCCCGCUCCCAUCUUCAUUUCACAGCCAGGGUUUCCUUCCGCACGGCUCUGUCUGAAUGUGCACGCUUUCCGAUUUUAACCGCGACUCGCAUCUCUUAGCCUAUGCCUGCGCCUCUGUGACCGCCGGAGUCCUCUUGUUCCUUCUGCGCCCCAGCUGCGGCGCGGAAGGCCCCUUUAUCCCUUGCAACCUUGCCUGUUGCGUGAGAAAGCGGUGCUGAUACUGCCCACUUGUGAUGUAGACGGGCCCUGUCUAUAAAACGUGGCUGGCUAUCUCACCUGUUUGUCAAAAAGCUGAGCCAGGGAGCUAGGUGUCUUGGAGCCCGGGGAUGGAUUCCUUCUUUGGAAGUUGCCGAUGUGGCGUGCCUAGCGCGUGGGCGACGUACCUACCGACAGGGGUCCCAUGGAAGGCAGACGCGUCCAGGGCAACAGUUCCAGCGCCGCUGUUAAUCUGCCUCGGCUUCACAGCUGCGAACGGUGGCGGGUCUGUCUGACGCCUCGUGUGUGUAAUCUGCCUUAGAGCUUUUGUUCGGAACGGGGGUCUUGCUGCACCUUUUAUUUGACCCAGGUGUGCAAAAUUGGAGCACGGCCUCUUUGGUGUGAUGAGAUCACGGCUAGGCAAGGCAGUGUCCCUGUCCCCCAAGAGCGAGGUGGUGCUCCGUUGUAAACCACCGCAUCGCCAAGGCUCUUUGGCCCACGUGUUACAUGCAAAUCUGCUUAGCUCCUUUCCUAGUUUGAGAAUGAGCAUAGGAAUUCUACAGAAUAGAACCUCACUCUCAAACGUUCGACUUUGGCAAAAAUGCGUUCUCUCGGCUGAAGGUAUG